AUGUUGCUACGUCGGUCGGUGCGGCGUCUGCCCCUAGCGGGAGACGCUGCUCUGGCAGGGGCAAGAAGGGCAGGGGCACUGGAGGAGCGAGCGGGGGCGGUGGAGGUGGAGGUGGAGGCGGCGGGGGGAGUGGGGGUGGCGGUGGGAGUGGAGGUGAGGGUUGAGGUGUCGGUGGCAGCAGUGGAGGCGGAGGCGGCGGCGGCGGUGGCGGUGGGAGCGGAGGUGGCGGAGGUGGUGGCGGUGGAGGAGGCGGCGGAGGCAGCGGGUAGUAGCGGAGGCGCGGAGGCGGCGGAGGCGGCGGAGGCGGCGGGGGUGGCGGUGGAGCUGGUCGCGAAUCUACGCAGAGGAGUGGCUCCGGUGCCGCCCACCUGCAGAAGCCGAGCAGCAGUGCAGCCGAGCCGCCCCGCACCCGAGCCGCCCUGCCGCCGAGCCGCCCGGGAGCCGAGCCGCCCUACACCCGAGCCGCCCUGCCACCGAGCCGCCCGGGAGCCGAGCCGCCCUGAACCAGAGCCGCCCUGCCGCCGAGCCGCCCGGGAGCCGAGCCGCCUUGCAGCCGAGUCGCUGAGUCGCCGAGCCGCCCUUCUGCAGAGUUGUCCGGCCUGCCCUACCUGGGCAGACGGCCUCUCUCUCUUUGACCUUACCUCUGGCGCCUCUCCUGCUCCUGCUGCUGAUGCUGAUCCCACUGUGCGCUCUCAGUGGGCCACCCGCGAUGCUGCUGCACGUCUUGCUGUGCGUCGCCACCUCCCUACCUCUAAGCGCGCGCACUUUAGUCAGUACAAGAGUGCUCAGACCUUGUACGACGCUGUAGUUGCGCGCUACUCCUCCCCUGCCACUGCUGCACUGAGCCGUCUCAUGCUUCCCUACCUCUUUCCUGACCUCUCUGCCUUUCCCACUGUCGCUGACCUCAUUACGCACCUCCGCACUAGUGACACUCGCUACCGCGCCGCCCUUCCUGCUGAGUUCUGCGCUAAGAGCCCCCCCCCCAUGUACAUCACUCUCUACUACGUAGUCGCACGCCUCCCUGACUCUCUUCGCGUAGUCAGGGACCACUUUCUCGCAGUCUGUCCCACCACCCUCACCGUCGACGUCCUCAAGAAGGCCCUCCUAGCAGCGGAGAAGAGCAUAGUCGCUGUAGGAGCUUCUCGUGGAGACCCUCGCACCCCCAUCUUUGAGGGGUGCUCUCCUUCCCCCUUGCUGCCCUCUGUUGCCUCUGCUGCUGCUGCCGACCUGCUUGGUCUUGAGUCAGUCGGCGCGGCGUCUGCCCCUAGUGGGAGACGUCGCUCUGGCAAGGGCAAGGGGGGCAAGGGUGCGGGUGGAGCUGGGGGGGGCGGUGGCGGUGGCGGCGGAGGCGGCGGAGGGAGUGGGGGUGGCGGCGGGAGUGGUGGCGGAGGUGGUGGUGGUGGUGGCAGCAGCGGCGGAGGCGGCGGUGGUGGUGGCAGCGGUGGUGGUGGUGGCAGCGGCGGAGGUGGAGGCGGCGGAGGAGGCAGCGGAGGAGGCGGUGGUGGUGGAAGGGGUGGAGCUGGUCGGGGUGGUACCCAGCAGCGGAGCGGCGGUGGUGGUGGCCAGCGCUCGCAGCAGCAGCAGCAGCAGCGUUCGCGGGACAUCCCUCCGCCUCAGCAGCUUCGUGAGUGGUACACUCAGCGUCAGAGGGGUGGGGGUACUGGUCCUUGCACCUACGUCCUUCGUUCCGGCGACCGCGCGGGUGAGCAAAGUGGGGGUGCCCACCCCACUCAGCGCUGUUUUGGCCGCCUGACGGACGCUUGGCGUCAGCAGUUCCCCGGGGCUAGUGAGAUCCCUCGCUGGGAUGAGCUUCUUAGGGCUGGUGUAGCGAUCUUUGAUCUUGAUUUUGAUGCUAUCCUUGCUGCUAUGUAUGCUGUGACUAUUAGUGAGGAGACUGAGGGUUACCGGUGUUUCCAGCCCGACCCGGGCAUUGGUACUGCUACGCUAGGUACUGCGUCGCCCUCGUCCUCCCUUACUUUCACACUUGACUCUGGGGCUUCUCGCUCCUUCUUUCGAGACCGCACCACCCUUACGCCGCUUGGCCGGCCGGUUGCCGUCUCCCUGGCUGACCCCUCUGGGGGUCCUGUCCUCUCUCACUUCUCCACUGUCCUCCCGUGUCCGGCUGCCCCUUCGGGCACCCUGUCUGGUCUGUACCUUCCCUCGUUCUCUACGAACUUGGUGAGUGGCGCGGACCUGCAGGAUGUGGGGGUUCACCAGUUCACUCCUGCGAGUCAGCGGGUGACCCACUGCACGGAGGCACGCACAGGCCGACACCUAGCCACGUUCUCGCGUCGGCCGGGGUCGAGUCUCUACACCCUGACCGUUGAGUCUCCUCCUGUCCCUGCGUCUGGUCAGGUGGCUGCGUCAGGUCAGGUGCUUGCUGCUGCGUCCCGGUCAGGUCCUGAGUCUGCCCCCUGUUCUUGUCGCCUCCUGUCUCACGAGACUCUCCUUUGGCACCACCGUCUUGGCCACCCCUCCUUGCCCCGUCUUCGGAGCAUGGCUUCCCGUGUCCUUGUCUCUGGUCUUCCCCAGUCUCUCCCUCCCCUUCCCUCCGGGCCAGGACCUUCCUGUGUCCCCUGUGUCGAGGGUCGCCUCCGGGCUGCUCCUCACUCCUCCCAGUUCCCCCCGACAGAGGCUCCUCUGCAGACGCUUCACAUGGACGUGUGGGGCCCAGCCCCCGUCCGUGGGCAGGGUCACGUGCGCUACUUUCUGUUGGUGGUUGACGACUACUCGCGUUACACCACAGUCCUCCCCUUGCGCAGCAAGGGUGCUGUCACUGAGGUGCUGAUCGACUGGAUCCGCGAGGCUCGUCUCCAGCUCAGGAAGAGCUUCGGCUCGGACUUUCCUGUUCUGCGUCUGCACUCGGACAGAGGCGGAGAGUUCUCCUCGCGCCUUCUGCGAGACUACUGUCGUGCACGGGGGAUCCGCCAGACCUUCACGCUUCCGGACUCUCCACAGCAAAAUGGGAUUGCUGAGCGCCGCAUUGGCAUGGUCAUGGAUGUCGCUCGUACGUCCAUGAUGCAUGCGGCUGCCCCCCAUUUUCUGUGGCCGUUUGCGGUGAGGUACGCGGCGCAUCAGCUCAACCUUCACCCCAGGGUCUCUCGGCCCGCGAUGUCCCCAGUCUUGCUCUGGACGGGGAAGGUUGGCGAUGCGUCGGCGUUCCGUGUCUGGGGAUCUCGGGCGUUUGUCCGCGACUUGUCUGCGGACAAGCUGUCCCCUCGUGCUGCUCCCUGUGUCUUCCUUGGCUUCCCCACUGACGCUCCAGGGUGGCAGUUUUACCACCCCUCCUCUCGUCGUGCUCUGUCCUCCCAGGACGUCACGUUCGACGAGUCAGUCCCCUUCUACCGCCUCUUCCCCUACCGCACUCCUUCCCUCCCCCCUUCGCCGGACUUCCUUGUGCCGGUAGACGCAGUUGACCCGGUCGAGGUUACUGGUGACUCUGGAGCUGCUGCGGGUGCUGAGCCUGGGGGUGCUGACUCUGGGGGUGCUGUGCGCAGGGGUGCCGGGCCUGGAGGUGCUGCUGAGCCUGGGGGUGCUGAGUUGGGAGCUGCUGAGCCUGGGGGUGCUGAGCCUGGGGUUUCUCCUGCUGCUGCGUCUCGACGGGAGCCCCUCUCUCCACAGGAGCUGCGCGAGUGGUUUGCUCGCCGCUGGAGGCGUGCUGCUGGAGCUGGAGCUUCUUCGACCGUCGAGGGUGCUGGUGCUGCCGGUCCCGGAGCUGCUGGGCCUGCGGGUCCUCCUGGAGCUGGAGCUGCUGAGGGUGUUGGUGCUGAGACCACUGCUGUCUGUCCUCGCGGUGGUUCUGCUGCUGGUACUGCUGGAGGUCCUGCCGCUGGAGGUGUUGGUGGCGCUGGUGCUGUCGCUGAGGGUGCUGGUGCUGUCCCUGCUGAGUCUGGAGCUGCCGCGCGGCCUCGGCCGUACUUCGUUCCGCUCCUGCAGCAGGUUCUUGGUCUUUCUCCUCCGGUCGAGUGUCCACAGCCUGUCCAGUCGCAGUCACUGUUGGAGCCUUCCUCUCCUCUGCCUGCUCCCUCUCCUUACACUGGUCCUACUGGAGGUCUUACUGAGCGUCGUGAGCCUGCGUCUCGUCCUGCGUCGCAUGUUCGUGCUGCUCGCGCUAGUGGUCGCGGUUCGCGUCAGCGUCCUCCUCCUGUCCCUGGCACGCACCGGAUGUCUCUGCGUCAGUCCACUGCUCCUCUGCGUGCCCCUUUGCCUUCUCCUCCUGAGUCCUCUCUUCCUGCGCUUGCCGACCCUGAGUCGGACUCUCUUCGUGCUGCCACUCCUACUGUCACGCGUCUGCUUGCUACUGUCGUCACUGACCCCUCGUUUGAGUCCACUGCUGCGUCUGCUCUUGUCACUGAGCUCGUCGACUUUGCUGCUCGCUGUCGUCUAGACUACGCUGCUAGUCUUGUUGCUGAGUCUGCGUCUGUCUGUCCUCCGUCCGUCGGGGGUGAGUGUGCUCUUGGCACGGACGUCCUAGAGGACAGGCAGGAGGAGUUACAGUGUUUGGCUGCUGCUUCACCUCAUCUCGCGUCUGUACUGCUUGCUCCUGAGGGAGACCCGGAUGCACUAGACAUCCCGACUCCGCGCUCUUACGCGGAGGCCGUAGAGGGUCCCUACUCCUCUCAGUGGCAGGCAGCUAUGGAUGCAGAGAUGGCUUCCUGGAAGUCCACAGGCACCUACGUUGACGCAGUUCCCCCUCCUGGGGCGAACAUCGUCAGUGGCAUGUGGAUCUUCCGGGUGAAGCGGCCGCCGGGCUCUCCACCUGUCUUCAAGGCGCUGAACGUUGCUCGUGGCUUCAGCCAGCGGCAGGGAGUUGACUACUUUCAGACCUUCUCUCCCACCCCGAAGAUGACCACUCUUCGGGUGCUGCUGCACAUAGCCGCUCAGCGCGACUACGAGCUUCACUCUCUCGACUUCAGCACUGCGUUCCUGCAGGGUAGCCUGCACGAGGAGAUCUGGCUGCGCCGUCCACCUGGCUUCACUGGGACUUUCCCUUCUGGUACCCAGUGGAGCCUCCGACGGCCAGUCUACGGUCUCCGCCAGGCACCGCGUGAGUGGCACGACACACUGAGGACUACGCUUGCGGCUCUUGGGUUUGCUCCCUCUACUGCUGACCCAUCGCUGUUUCUGCGCACCGACACUUCACUGCCGCCGUUCUACAUCCUCGUGUACGUCGACGACUUGGUCUUUGCCACAGCGGACACUGCUGGACUCGCCUACGUGAAGUCCGAGCUACUGAAGAGACACACGUGCACAGACCUGGGUGAACUGCGCAGCUACCUUGGCUUGCAGAUCACUCGGGACAGAGCACGCCGCACCAUCGCCUUGACUCAGUCACACAUGGUGCAGCAGGUCCUUCAGCGCUUCGGCUUCACGUACUCCUCGCCUCAGGCCACUCCUCUGUCUACUCGCCACUCACUCUCAGCUCUGCCUUCGGAUGAGUCCGUAGAGUCGAGUGGCCCGUACCCAGAGCUUGUUGGCUGCCUCAUGUACCUGAUGACCUGCACACGACCUGACCUUGCAUACCCUCUGAGCAUUCUUGCACGCUAUGUUGCUCCUGGGAGACACCGACCAGAGCACAUGGCUGCAGCGAAGAGGGUAUUGCGCUACCUGUGCAGUACGUCGGGCAUGGGGCUAGUGCUUGGAGGGCGGAGUCCAGUGGUCCUUACAGGCCACGCGGACGCUUCUUGGGCUGACGACCAGGCUACGCAGCGGUCGUCACAGGGUUACACCUUCAGUCUUGGUUCCGGCUCUGUCUCGUGGCGGUCUACUCGUUCGUCUUCGGUUCUCAGCUCCAGUUGUGAGGCUGAGAUCUACGCCGGGGCCAUGGCUGCACAGGAGCUUCGCUGGCUCACCUACCUGCUGACUGACCUUGGAGAGCCGCCUCGUUCUCCUCCAGUGCUGUACGUAGACAACAAGGCCAUGCUGGCCUUGUGUCGAGAGCAGCGCUUGGAGCACAGAACGAAGCACAUUGCUCUCCGCUACUUCCUUGCUCGUGAGCUGCAGCAGCGUGGUCAGUUGCGACUUGCGUACGUGGCCUCUGAGGCCAACACUGCUGAUGUGUUCACCAAGGCACUCGCGCCUUGUGACCAUCAGCGCUUCUGCACCCAGCUGGGUCUUGUGUCUAUCUUGCCUCACUUGCUCUCUUCUUGA